AUGUCUGUCACGCUCAUUGAAGCUCCUAAGGGGUUAUUAAUUAUUGGUCAACAGCUUCAGAGAAGGGAUGCUGAGGAUGUUGAGGGCCAAGAAGAUGAGGACCAGGAUGUUGAGGACCAGGAAGAUGACGAUCAGGAAGAUGAGGGCCAGGGUGAUGAAGACCAGGAUGAUCAGGGCGAAAACUGGGGUCCAGAUAAAAUGUUUGCCGAGCUUGAUAUAGAUGGGAGAAGGGAUGCUGAGGAUGUUGAGGGCCAAGAAGAUGAGGACCAGGAUGUUGAGGACCAGGAAGAUGACGAUCAGGAAGAUGAGGGCCAGGGUGAUGAAGACCAGGAUGAUCAGGGCGAAAACUGGGGUCCAGAUAAAAUGUUUGCCGAGCUUGAUAUAGAUGGAGAUGGUUAUAUAAGCUUGGAUGAGCUCAGCACUGUCCUACAGGGAUACCCAGAUAUUAACGCUGCGUUUAAGGAAAUGGACGCCAAUGAUGACGGCAAGAUUGAUCGCCAGGAAUUCGAUUCUGAUCUGCAGUAG